UUGGAGUCCAGGACUAAGCGAAGGGUGAAUUUUCCGGCUACAGUACAAUGGCUGCCUGAGCAGACACAAACUAGUCUCCUGCUGUCGGAUCCAGGCUUUCCGGGUCGUCGGUGGAGAUUGUAGUGGUAGGAGCGGAGCCGGAGGCUGUGUACAGGGAGUUACACGGAGAUGGUGUAGUGACAGUGUAGGCAGUACUAGAGCCAUAGGAGCCCUCCAUACACAAGUGACUGCUGUGUACAGGAAGAAGGAUGGAGCAGGAGGAGUACUACCUGGAGCUCAGUGACAGGCCAGUCCUGUUUGAGAACGCCACCAGUGUCAACUGCGUGUUCUUCGAUGAGGCCAAUAAACAGGUGUUUGCGGUGCGCUCUGGAGGGGCCACAGGGGUUGUGGUCAAGGGCCCAGAGGACAGAAUUCCCAUUUCUUUCAGAAUGGAAGACAAGGGAGAAGUGAAGUGUAUCAAGUUUUCAUUAGGAAACAAAAUUCUUGCUGUGCAAAGGACUGUGAAAACUGUGGAUUUUAUCAACCUAAUUCAAGAUUAUUCUCAGCUAGAAUAUUCACAGGAAUGUAAGACCAAAAAUGCAAAGAUUUUAGGAUUUUGCUGGACUAGUGCCACAGAGAUUGUCUUCAUAACCGACCAAGGAAUUGAGUUUUAUCAGGUGCUUGCUGAAAAGCGGACCUUGAAGUUAUUGAAGAGUCAGAGUAUUACUGUGAACUGGUACAUGUACUGUCCAGAGAGCAGUGUCAUCCUGCUAUCUACUGCCAACCUAUGUAAUGUUCUACAGCCGUUCCACUUCAAGAGUGGAACAAUGUCAAAGAUGGCAAAGUUUGAAAUCGAGUUACAAGUAUCCUCUACAAAGCAAGCAAAGGUUUCUGAGAGAGAUAUCGCAAUGGCGACAAUAUAUGGGCAGCUUUAUGUUCUGUUCCUGAGACAUCAUGCAAAAGCUUCCAGCAGCCCUGGAGCUGAGGUGGUCCUCUAUCACUUGCCACGGGAAGGCUUGUGUAAAAAGAUGCACAUUCUGAAACUGAACAGGACAGGGAAGUUUGCACUCAAUGUUGUAGAUAAUUUAGUAGUAGUCCAUCACCAGGAUACUGAGACAUCUGUGAUCUUUGACAUUCGCCUGCGAGGAGAGUUUGAUGGCGCAGUAAUCUUGCACCAACCAGUGCUACCUGCCCGUUCUAUACAUCCAUACCACAUGCCCAUGACCGGUCCUUCUGCUGUGGCUGGACAGCUCCCAAUUCCAUGCAAACUCUAUUCAUCUUCUUGGAUUGUCUUUCAGCCUGAUAUCAUAAUCAGUGCUAGUGAAGGUUUCCUGUGGUACCUUCGUAUCAAACUGCAGCCCAUUGUGCACCAGCUCACAGACAAGGGGCGACUAAUGGAUUUUUUGCUUCAACGUAAAGACUGUAAAGCUGUCAUUUUAUCAGUUUGCUCACAAAUGUUAUCGGCGAUGGAUAGGGCAUCGCUGCCAGUCAUUGCUACAGUCUUCGACAAACUCAACUGUGAAUAUAAGAAAUAUCUAGAAGCUGAGCACAGCUACACAGUGGCAGUUGAGACCAGUCAAGGUAGAAGUAAUGCUCUUGUGAAGAGACCCGUGCGUGGACAAGCUGUUAUAGACCAGUCCGACAUGUACACACAUGUAUUGUCUGUAUUCACUGACCUGAAGGAGGCUCCACAUAAGUUUAUCAUUGCUGUCCUCAUGGAGUACAUCCGUUCUCUGAACCAAAGUCAGAUCCCUGUACAGCACUACUUGUAUGAACUAGUAAUAAAGACAUUGGUACAACACAACCUCUUCUAUAUACUCCACCAGUUCCUCCAGUAUCACGUGCUCAGCGACUCCAAACCUCUGGCCUGCCUGUUGCUAUCUUUAGAGAGUGUCUAUCCCCCGGCACAUCAGCUUUCCCUGGAUAUGUUAAAGAGGCUUUCCACAGCCAAUGAUGAGAUUGUUGAAGUCUUGCUAUCUAAACAUCAAGUUUUGGCAGCUCUAAGGUUUGUGAGAAGCAUUGGUGGACAUGACAGCGUGUCGGCUCGCAAGUUCUUGGAUGCUGCAAAGCAAGCAGCAGACGACAUGCUCUUCUAUACGGUCUUCAGAUUCUUUGAGCAAAGAAACCAGCGUCUUCGCGGAAACCCCAACUUCACACCAGGCGAACACUGCGAGGAGCAUGUGACCUUCUUCAGACAGAGGUUUGGUGAACAAGCAUUGCUAAAGAUUAGUUCUUAAACUGCAUAUAAAAAUUGUACAAAUGUAUUAUACUAAGAAUAAAGUCCAUGCAGAUUCUGCUUAUAAAA